UGUGACGCCCUUCGCUCUGCCCCGGUGAUAUUUGUGAGCAGAGUAGAGCUAAAGUUAGACCUGACAGUAGCCUACCACUCCUCAUCACAACAUACUCAGCAGACCACAGUGGGUUACAAUGGACGGUGUCACCUUACCACAGAUGCUGCUGUAUCUCACCAGUGUGGCCGGCCAAACAAGCUAUAGCUCAGCCCUCAUUCCUGACACUGAAGACUUUAAUUCAGUUGUGUCGAUGGCAGAGAAGUUGAAUGAGCAGGUAGCUCAUGCUGCAGAUGAGAGGUUACAGUCAGACCUUCAGACUCUGGUAACACUCAUGAUGGAGAAGGAAACUAAAGGAAACCAGAGUGAAGAGCCGGAUUCUUCAACACUUCCAGAAAACUCUCAGGAAACGAGCCAAAAUGAGUCUGCCCCGUCUGCAGCAGCACCCAAAAGUGAGCCCACACAGUCCUUCACCUCCCUGUUACCAAAGGCUCUGUCUGCUGUACUACAUCUGACGCCGCCCCCAGGCCUGACCUCCGACCCCCAGCCGAGCAGAGAUCCACCGAACCUGGAACAACUGCAGACGGAGCUGAGAGACCUGAGGGACCAGUUUCAUCUGAUGAAGAGUCAGCACAACAAAGAAAUUAAACUGCUGAUGAAUGAGCUCGAUGAGGAGAAAAGGAUUCGCUUGACCUUACAGAUGGAGAUUCAACGUAUGAAGAAGCACAUGUCUAAAUGAGUGGAGUGGAGAACUUCACCAUCAUCAAAGACACAUUUGAAAGGUCCUGUUGUACACUUCUCUGAUAAAUGAUAUUUUUCUAAUUUUAAAAAAACAUCCUUGCUCCUUUUUGAUGAAUAAGUAUCAUAUUUUUUAGAAAAAACAUUGAUCUUGGGUGGUAAUUUUCUUAACUUUUUUGUUGGACUGGCGAAUGGGCCAGCCAAAAGAACUGAAUGUUUUUACUGAGUCAUUACUGAAAGUGCAGAGAUGAGGCACAGUGGGAGAAGACGUGAGGUGAGAGGAGUAUCUAUUGACCGUUCUCUCUGGAAAUGAGCAGUGCACCAGACCUUGUUUUACUUUCAAUUUGUUUUAUAUAUUUCUGUAAAUGGACUCCUAAUGAACAUGGACUAAUUUGUCUUGAGGUUUCCAUGAAGAGAAAAUGUAUUUCCUGUUUCCCAAGACUGUUGGCCUGAAUAUGUAGUGGAGAUCAUAACUGUUGAACUGGUUUUCAAUCAUAUUUCCUUUAUCCAUCCAUGUAGAAAACAUUUGACAGUUAUCAGGCAGAGUGGAGGACAUGAAAUGAGAGCCAGCAGUUAAUCAGCUCAUCAUUAGUUUAAAAUAAUGUGAUGUGGAGGCACAAACAUGAAGCUUCUGUCAUAUUUUAGGUGCAUAUAGUUUUCAAAAAAUGUAAGUUUGCCUUUUGAUCGUACCAAAAAUUGACUGACCAAGCUGUCAGUGAAUUCAUUGGUUGUUGAUGUGUAAGACUGUGAAUUCAUUAAAGAUGUUGCCCAUUA